AUGGAAGAUAUACGUCCCAAUUGCAACCACAACAACAAUAACAACAACAACAACAACAACAACAACAGUACCUGUACUACAACCACGGUAAGGAACAUGUCGGCUGAUGUGAUCACUGAAAACAUGAGUACAAGCAACGGUGCCGAUAACGGAACCACUACCACCCAGGGCGUACAGCAGACAACUCGUAAUACACCACAACAGACUCCCUCUCCACCUACUCCCAUCAACACAACACCCAAACACAUGAUUAAGAAAUUUAUGAAAUGUUUACGUCGUCUUCUGUACUGCGUUGUCUACUCAGAUGAAAAUGAAUAUAGAGUACUUAAGGCUGUGGCUGGAUUCUUCUACGGUGUUUUGCUAGCAAUUGGUCUCUAUGCAGUGAUUCUGACAGACCUUGGUUUCACGCCACAGAUCUGCCUCGCUGUCGGGGCAGCCAUCUGCCUCGUCCUAGGUCUGGGAAACGCAUUAUCAAUCCAAGCCAGGUGCAUAUCGGCACUGACGCUACCCGUAUUCUGCGGACGAGUUGGUCGACGGGUGCUCAAAGUGAUUGUCAUCGCUUUCGUCUUGGCUGGUCCAGUACACAAUCUCGCCACCAACGGACACGAAGUUGUCCGCGUCUUCUCCUGCAGCGUAUCUCUGACUUACAACCUGACGAAGACCCGUUUCGAGUUGAUGGUCCUCCCAUUUGCUGAAGCUGUUCUGAACUUACACGCUGACGUCAAUGAGGUAAAGGACACCAUGCGGUCUGUAGAAGGGAUGAUGCGUCCGAUGGUCGAGGAGUUUGAGGGAGAAGAAGAAAUGCAUAAGAUCAGAGAGGACAACGAUUACAUGGACGAAAUUCAGGGGGAUUCCAAACGCGAGGAAGAGAUAAAGGAAAAGUACAAACAGCAGAAAAAUGAAACUGAAGUUACUCGUUAUGAGAAGAGAUACAAGAGAAAGAUAUCGUCGAAAUGUGAAGAUAUCCUCAGCCGCGCCGGAUCGAACUGUCGACGGGUGUUUUCCGAAGCUUAUGACAAGUGUUAUAGCAAAGUGUCCUUCUUGGCUGCGUGGCUCCUGUGCUGGCCCAUGAAGCUCACGUUCAUCUGCAACGUUGUGGAAGCCAUAGGCGGAAGCAAGACGUGCGACGCGAGCCAAGUGUUGGAUCCCAUGUUCGGAGCAGGGUACGAGGCGCUCAAGAGAUCAAAUGGUUCACUGAAGGACGCUUUCAAAGAUGUCACAAUACAGUACCACAUUCCACAAGCACCAAAACUGUUGUACGUGAAACAGGUAACAGAUUCAGCCCAAGACGUGCUUACAGAGUUCGAGAGGAAGAAGCAGUUACUGGUGACGAUCAUCUUUUAUAUAAAACGGUUACUCGCGUUCACCUUCGUCGGCAUAAUAAUCGGGGCACAGAAGUAUCACGACAAGUAUCUCUCGGAUAUCAAGUUCGACAACACAUACGUCACACAGUACUUCCGGCGGAUUGAUGCCCGGCGCCGCAAGUCUCAAAAACACACACUCAUGCCGCUCAAGAAGGUGGAACGAGUAGCUCUAAUGGACCCUCGUGCUGCCUUGCCUGGGCGCCAGGAACGCAAGAAACUGGGUUACCAAACAGCGAAGUUGCUUCUGCACAUGAUAGCACCUACGACACUAAUAAUUAUGGACCGCCUGCUGUAUGAGGUGCUAGACAUAGUCAGACGCCAUGCCCACGUGGAUUACAAGCAAGAAGGGUCUCAUGACUUGAUACUGAAAGUGAAGGGGACAGGAAUGAUUGCGAACAUGGUAAGGUCUCUUCUGGGCAGCUUCAACAUCAGGCAAAGGGUCAAGAACUUCUACAGUAAUGAAGCUUGCCUUCCUCAACCUACAAUGAUGCCCAAUUAUUAUUUGUACAAGAUAUAUGGCACAUACUUCUGCAUGUUCUUGAUACUUUUGUCAGAGACAUAUACCAAGAGACUUCAACGAGCCAUCUGUGCUUAUUUCUAUCCAAAAAGGGAGAAGAAGAGGGUGUUAUUUCUCUAUAAUGAAACACUGAGAAGGCGCAAAGGUCUCUUUAAAUUCAUGAAAUCCAAAGUAAGAAGAACAGCAAGAGAACAAAUUCUUGAGAUGGAUGCCAACAUUCUCCUUGUGAUGACUCUCCGAUAUCCUAAGUGCUGCAGCUGGCUGAAGUUUUUCGCAGCUGCAAGACGCAAAUGUUUAAUCUGUGAAGAACCAGAGCCCAGGAAACCCAGAGGUGAAGAGGAUUUUGUUUCUUGCCCAAAUCCUAAAUGUUACUUUAUUUAUUGCUUUCAAUGCUGGAAGGAUGUCAAGAAAAUCUGUUAUGCAUGCACUCCUCCUGAUGAUGGGGAUGAAGAUGAUGACAAUCAUGAUGAUGAUGUGGUAGACAUGCUGCUGUAAAAGUUGAAGAAUUUCACAAUCCUAUACACAAGCUGAGGUUAUUUUCUAAAUGAAUACAGUAAUUCCCAGAUCAUGAAUUCUCUUCUGAGGUAUGAAAUCUGUAAAGGCUACAUGUGAAAUGUCCUUGUAUGAUGUCAAUUACUGAAUUAUGGAUUGUUAGACCUGUAAUGGCCAGAAGUAUAUUGUUUAAUUAGAGUAAUUAGUAAUUGAUUCUAAUUUUGAUUUUGCAUAUUAUUUUUUUUGUGGAAUUUGAAUGGGUCAUAACUUGUCUUGGGGAGGGUUGUGAAACAAGUGACUUUUUGAACAAACUGUUUCAGCGUGCUGGGUUUCAGUUUCAGUUGUCCCUCAAGUUGAAAAUUGUUCUACAUUAUGAAACAGGUCAGUCUGCAGUGACUGGUAAAAUGCAAGUACUUCUAAUGGCACGUCUCCUUUGAACCUAAAUUAUUCAAGGAGACAUGAAGCCAAAAUAUAUGACUUGUGAGGACUCGCACUUUUGAUUUGGUUGGGGUCAGACAUGUUUGUAUCAGUCUCCUUAAAAAUUCUAAAUUUAACCCACCACAUACACAUCUUGGACAAAUAUCAUUCACAGACAUAAAAACAUUAUUAAAUUAAAUUUUGGUGUCAUUCAAGUUGGGGAACAGGCCUUCCCCUCCCAGCAAAUCUUGCCCCAGUGCCAUGAGAAUUUUUUGGUAGGCUCAACUAUAACCCACAGUCAAUACAGUUGUAUUGUCCAGAGGCAUACAGGAAUGUUUGUGGUAGAAGCUCUAAUGUAACUACUGGGGCCGCAUCAUGUUUCAUUUACUCCAUCAGCUUAUUAAUCAGUAAAUUUUACAUCUUACACCAAAUGUAAUUGUUAAGUAAAAUUUUCAAAAAAUUAGUAUUGCCUUUGUCACAAACUGAUGAAAAUGGAAAAAUAAUACUCUGAGGAAGGCAUUCUUCACAUUCCCAAUGUUUUGGUAUGUGAAAUGGCUUCAAUCUGUGAGCCGAAAAACAUCCAUGCACAAACCUGAUGAGGGAUCAAACCCUAAACCUUCUGAAUGAGAGUCCAGAAUAUUAUCCCAAGACCACCAAGUCCUAUUUAUACAGUAAAACUUGGUUAUAGCAACAUCGGUUUCUGCGACACCUUGUCUAUUGCGUCAAAUAUUCAAU